AUGGCUUCCAAGCAAAACCGUCAGUUGUCUGAAGGCCGCGCCAAGCUAGCUUCUCACGCUCCCAAUGGCAAGUCUAACGUCAACCAGCGCUCAAACCAGCCACCGCAAUUCCACCCUACACAGCGUUUCCAACCGCCCGGUAACAAAAACUAUCAGAAAUGUUCCUAUUCUACCCAGCAGCGAGGGCACCAGCAGUACCAGACCCAGUCCCAGUACCAGCUGCAGUCUCAGCAACAGGAUUUAGCCUUCGAUAUCUUCAAAAAAAUGGGUUGA